CAGUCUUUCACUCUCAUCUUGCAUCUUGCAUCAUCUCAUAUGACCCUCAUCUCACCUCGCUCGACCUUCUGGAUCGAUGAGCUCGGAAUAGCUUCACAAUCGAUCGUCAACUCUGCCAGCUUACACACCCUCUGCCAAGAUGGUCUACCCAUUGGACUAUCUCCAACACCGUCGUGACUGCCAAUUCAAGCAGUCUGAACGCGCGGACAGGAUCCGUCGCCUCACGGCGUACCAUGGCCCCUUCACGGCCCAAGACCGCCAGAUCCUGGACCGACCUAUCGAGGAGCUCGUCCAGGACGUCCACAAGACGAUACUGAAGCCUAUCGACAUCCUCAAGACGUACGGCAAGGUCGCUCUCAGGGCCCAUGAGCGCACCAACUGCCUCACCGAGGUUAUGAUAGCCGACGCCGAGACGUGGGUCGACGAUGGCUCCAUCGACAUGAAGGGCCCGCUUGCCGGCAUCCCCGUGAGCCUCAAGGACACCAUAGUCGUCGGCGGCUAUGACACCACCGUCGGCUUCAGCAGCUUCGUCGGUAACAAGACCCCCACCGACGGGCCUGUCGUGCGCCUCCUCAAGGACGCCGGCGCCGUGCCCUACGUCAAAACGAACCUGCCCAUCACCCUCCUCAGUUUCGAGUCCACCAACGACGUCUGGGGCCGCUGCACGAACCCGCACAACGCCCGCUACUCCCCCGGCGGCUCCACCGGCGGCGAGAGCGCCCUGCUCGCCAUGGGUGGCCGCAUCGGCAUCGGCAGCGACGUCGCCGGGAGCGUGAGAGCCCCCGCCCAUUUCUCCGGCUGCUACAGCCUGCGCUGCUCGACGGGCCGCUGGCCGAAGUUGGGCUUCUGCACGAGCAUGCCCGGCCAGGAGGGCGUGCCGUCCGUCUACAGCCCCAUGGCCCGCACCCUCGACGACCUGCGCUACUUCACCCGCGCUGUCGUCGGCAUGCGGCCGUGGGAGUACGACUAUAGCGUGCACCCGAUGCCGUGGAAGGCCGACGUCGAGGAGGACUGGCGGGCGAAGCCACGACUGCGCGUGGGCGUCAUGCGCACCGACGGCGUCGUCGACCCGAGCCCGGCGUGCCGACGCGCGCUGGAGAUGGUCGAGGACGCGCUGCGCCGCGAGGGCCACGAGAUCGUUGAGAUCGACCCGCCGUCGCCGUACGAGGGCCUUCAGAUCGCGUCACUGGCGCUCAACGCUGACGGGUGCCGGACGUUCGCCACCUUUUUCCGCGCGGGUGAAUGGAACGACCCGGGCGCCGCGCGGAUGAAGUCCCUGAUGGACCUCGCGGCCCCGCUGCGGUACCUGUACUACCUAUGGGUGAAAUACGUCCGGCGGGACGACAUUUGGGCUGGACUCGUGAGGGACUGGCGCCCGCAGAGUGCCUCCGAGAACUGGAAGCUGGUGGCGAGGAGGGAGGCCUACCGGGCGCGGUGGUUCAGCUGGUGGGACUCAGCCGGGGUGGAUUUCCUCAUCACGCCCCCGAACGCGACGCCCGCCGUGCCGCACGAUGGGAUGAGGGACGCUGUGAGCAGCUGCGGAUACACAUUUCUCUUCAAUCUGCUCGAUUACACCGCCGGCGUCAUCCCCGUGACGCACGUCGACAAGCAGCUGGACCAGCUUCCCGGCAACUUCAACAUCAGGAAGCUCAACGGCGUAGCCCAGGGUGCGUACAAGCUGUACGACGCGGGCGACAUGCACGGCCUGCCUGUCGGCGUUCAGGUCGUCGGCAGGAGGCUGGAGGAGGAGAAGGUGUUGUCCAUCAUGAAGAGGGUCGAGGACGCCCUGGGUGACGACAAGUACACGCUAUUGGAGAUUGACUAAGGAUCCGAUGCUCGGGCCGUGAAAGCUAUGUCUUGGUACCUAGUUUAGAUGGAUAUAAUCCAAGGAGUGACAUGAC